AUCUCUCUUCCCAGCCACACAACUUUUCUUCUCUCUUUCUCUUCCUUCUACAGAAACCAACAACCCACUUGUUUCUUUCUCCCUCUCUCUGUACACCAACAACCCACUUGUUUCUUUCUCCCUCUCUCUGUACAAGAACGAAAAAAAAAAAAGGAAGAAUAUGAAGAAGAAGAAGACGCAGGAAGCAGAAGAACCAGGAGAAGAAGGAACCCCCACCCCACCCCACCUCACUUGUGCUCUUCCUUCUCUCUUCUCUCCGACGUCGUCUCUUUCGCGCUCUGCGAUCUCAAAUCUCCGAAAUCGCCCAUGAAGCGGCAAACUUGCCAAUGAAGGAGAGUCAUUCGACGCCUGGUUGGCUAGAUCAACGUCCUUUUGGAUCGAUGAAGAGAAGGGAAGGCGUGAACGACGAUGAAGGAAGAAGGAAGUGAUUCGUCUACACUCAUGCCAGAAGGAACAUGUCAUGCCGCCGGCGGUGGGACUGCUGUCAACCGCGACCAAGGCGGUUGUGGAUAUGCAAUGUUAAGGAACUUGCUUAUGUCUUGGACGAAAAGGGUUGAUUUCCUUCCAUUCGAGACUGGUUGCUGGUUUCUUAUACGAAAUUGUGCUGCCCUGAAUUCGAAGAUUAUGAGAACUGGGGCCAGUACAUUGGAGUUUUCCUUACGUGGUGGCUAUGUGGUGUUACUUUCGGUUUCAGGUUUCUUAUGUUCUGGUCCAGUUACAAAACUAGGCUACUUCAGAGUUUUGCCGUUUCCUACUGUCAUUCUGCGUACUGGCGAAUUUCAGCGGCAUCCCAUUUUGGUAAUCGAUUGCUUUCCAGUUGAAGUGCCUUAG